AUGAAAGUGGUUUCCCUGUACCCUGUCCCCCAGCCCCCAUUACAUUACUACACCUGGCAUACGCUUGCGCUUAAUUUACUUUUCCUUUUCUAUCUGCUAACUACAUUCUUUGCGCUUGUCUUUGGGCCUUACUGUUCCCAGCGCCGAAGCCCAGGCGGCUCUCUAAUCAGGGCAACGUACACCAAAUGCAAGUUGGAUUUGAAAAAGCCAGAAGACAGGCUGCAGUAUUUCGAGACCCAUGGCACCGGCACGCCGUCAGGCGACCCCGUCGAGGCUGAAGCCAUCCAGCGAGUCUUCUUUCCUGGGGACGACACCUAUCCUGCCGAUGGCGCUGGUGCUGUGGCCGACCCUUCUACUCGGUCUUUCUUGCUGCAUGUCCGUCAACAGCUUCAGGUUCGGCGGCACCAAUACGGACACGCCAUCAUCGAGAGCUGUGGCCCGGACCUGUGA